AUGACCGGCCGUAGCGACACCUGCGCCGAUACGUACAAAAAGGACGCUGCUACGCGAUUUAAUGGCAUCAUAUCCCGGGCGCACAAGCCAAGCGUGUUUACUACGCGUGUCGGUCUGCUACGCCUCCGUAGCGGAUAUCUCGUACCGUGUACCGUUUCAUCGGCAUGGGGGAUUGCCGCGGCUGUGAUUUGGCCCGCAGCCGAAAAAGUUGGCUGGCAUCGGAUCGCCCGCUCGCGUGAUUGGCGCGGGGCGAACGCGGUGAACCACGCUGGCGAUAUCGCCGCACGGCGUGCGCCCCGCACCGCAGUGUGGCCUAACCUCGACCGUUUUCGAGGACAGUCC